AUGGCGACACAACCCUUGACAAAGUGGAACGGUGGUCUCUUUGACUGCUUUGAGGAUAUAAACACUUGUUGCUAUGGUUUUUGGUGCUGCCCUUGCCUUGCUGGCACAGUUAUUGGAAGAUUUGGAGAGAAUCGCUGUCUGCUAUUAUGUGACCUGUGCAGCCCUGGGGCACUAAAUUCCUGUGGUACACCCCUGUUUGUUCCUCCUGCUGCCCUGUCUCUACGGGCUGCCAUUCGAAACAGAUACGGUAUCAAGGGUUCUAUCUGUAAGGACAUCGCUGCUUCCUGUUUCUGUGUGUGGUGCUCCUGGUGUCAGAUGCAUCGUGAGUUAAAACAUCGCAAUCAAGCUCCCACUGUUGUCAACAUGCAGCCUGCUCCAGUGGUGAUGGUUCAAAGAGGCGCACCUCCUGCUGUUUUCAUGAACCAACCAGGGGUCAUCAUGAGUUCAUACUGAGAUUUGUUGCUUUUCUUUGGAUGGUUUUGUCUUGACAAGAAAUUUUGAGACCAUGCUUCUGUUUCUGUUUGGUGUAUUUAGCAGUGAAACCUAAUGGCAGCAAAUUAAGCUGAUGCCACUUCCCUCUCAAAACAAAACCUAUUCACAACUCUCACUUUCACAUUCCAUUCAGUCCUUUGUCAAGCUUGCCUGAAGAUAUAUGGUUUAAAUCCAAAUUCUUUUCCGUAGUGCAUAGUUGAGUUGAACUUAGAUGCAUUGUUCUAAUAUGUAACACAAGAUUCAAGGACAUACCGCACUGUUUAGAAAGGGACUCACUGGUCUAUCAAAUGUGAAAAAUAAGUCUAAUUUUAAUGUCUUUUUAUAAACACUUAUAUCACUUGUUUAUGCCUAUUAUCUAUUCAGUGUAUGUUUGAUCAUUCUGUUUGACUGAUCAUUGUUCUCUGAAUCACUGGAAUAAAAUUAUUUGCAUUGUUUUCAA